UGUUUAUUCCUGGUCUGUGUCGCACCGCUGAUUCACUGACUUCACCUGAUUACCUGGAGCCACAGUCUGCGUUUACACCUCGGACUGUAGCGCUCAGCUCCUCCGCAUAAAGAGGAUCAUCGGGUGUAAUCGAGAAGAGGCUGCUGGGCCAAGUUCCACUUUUGGAUCAUAAAUAUAUUAAAUUAUCUCUCCGGGUGAAUCUAUAAAAGUCUGGGUUCAUGCCGGAUUUCGAGCACUUCAGAUUUUCCUACUCUAGUAUGAAUCCGGUCCUGGAGGAGAGCGGUUUCCUGGCCCCGCAGCAGCAACCUCCCCAAAUGCCGAGCCAAACAGAUUCCGCCAUCCCAGACCCGGGCUACUUCCUGGGGGACCACGGCAGGUUCGGGCUUGAUGGGUUGUCCGGGCUGGACCUGGGCGCUCUGCCACCGUCGGGCCUCGCCUACCUGCACCUGGGCAGCCCCUUGCACCGCGUCCCCCCGGCGGCCACGGCUCUGCGCAACGACCUGGGCUCCAACAUCAGCGUGCUGAAGACCCUGAACCUGCGCUUCCGCUGCUUUCUGGCCAAAGUGCACGAGCUGGAGCGCAGGAACAAGGUGCUGGAGAAGCAGCUGCAGCAGGCUUUGGAGGGCAACAGCGGGGGCGAUGGACACCAGAAGCCCCUCACUAAAGACAUAGGAGUCCAGACCGGCUUCAUCGGGCCGAUCCCUGCAAGGCCGGGUUACAUCCCGCUCCUCAACGCCAACAAUUCUGCCUACCUGCCCGGAGGCCUCCUCUCCCCCACCUUGAACCCCCCUCCUCUGUUUGACAACAAAUACCUGAGCACGGAUUCAAACUCCAACCUCACCACCUCCGGCUUCUCCAUCAGCCCGGCUCUGAGUCCCAUGGACCCAACCAAAACCAUCACCAACAUCAACGAGAAGUACUCCACGCACACCGGGACAAACACCUCCACCGCUCCCCCACCUCCCCCUCCUCCGCCACCUCGCUUCCUCCCCGGGACGAUCUGGUCUUUCAACCACACCCGCCGCUUUGGCACCGGGAGGGAGUCGUGCGUCACGGGGCCCGGGGUCUCCUGGACGCACCCGGACGGCGUUGGAGUCCAGAUCGACACCAUCACGCCGGAGAUCAGGGCUCUGUACAACGUGCUGGCCAAAGUGAAGAGAGAACGGGAUGAAUAUAAAAGGAGGUAA